AUGCCUCCGCCUUCCGUUCACCAACUCUAUCGUCGUCUCGAGACCAUUGGAAAGGGCGCAUACGGCUCCGUCCACAAGGGCAUACACAUCCCAACAGGAAACGUCGUCGCCCUCAAAAUCAUCAAUCUCGACACAGAGGACGACGAUGUGGGUGAUAUACAGCGCGAAGUGGCCCUCCUCACUCAGCUUCGGGACGCGCCCAAUAUCACACAAUACUAUGGCUGCUACCUCGAUGGCCCUCGUGUAUGGAUUGUCAUGGAAUAUGCUCAAGGUGGCAGUGUCCGCACCCUGAUGAAAGCCUCCAAGGACGGUACACUUGAGGAGAAAUACGUUGCGGUCAUCACACGAGAGGUCCUCAUGGGCUUGACCUACCUUCACAAGUCCUCCAUCAUUCACAGGGAUCUCAAGGCCGCCAAUAUCCUUAUCACAGCAGCCGGCAAGGUCAUGAUAUGUGACUUUGGUGUCUCUGCGCUUUUGGUCACUGCGUCGAGUAAGCGCAAUACACUCGUCGGCACACCACAUUGGAUGGCUCCUGAAGUCGCGCAUGCUUCUGCAUAUGAUACCAAGGCCGACAUCUGGAGCUUGGGCAUCAUGAUCUAUGAGAUGAUCAAAGGGAGCGCACCACAUUCACAUGUCGUGGACCAGGCGAAGCUCAUACAGAUGAUUCCUCGUAUGAAACCGCCUCGUCUCAUCGAAGGAGAGGGGAGCAAAGAACUCCGAGAGUUUGUCUCCCACUGCUUAAGGGAGUCUCCCAGUGAUCGACUCAGUGCUGACGAACUCUCCAAAACCAAGUGGAUUAAAUCUGUUUCACGUGUACCUGUCAUCCUUCUCAAAGAUCUCAUUUUGCGAUAUGAUGCUUGGAUUAAAAGUGGUGGUAGCCGAGCCAGUGUAGCUGAUCCUCUCCCAUGGGAGGAAGAAGAGGAAAGAGACUCCCAACCUUCCGCGGCCGACGAUGACGAGAAUACUUGGGAAUUUGACACCGUUCGCGGUCGUUCUUCGUUCGAAAUUGCGGAUUUUAAUCACACACUCGAUGAAGACUUACCAUUGUCUUCCUACCCGACCAUUCGACCCACUGCUAACUCCAGAGUACCCGCUACUUUACGCAUGCUGUUUGAAACCGAGACGACGGCUCUGGAUCCUUUUCGCAUACCAACUCUCGAUCAGUCUCAGAGCGAUUUGCAGUCGGACUUUUCUGUUCUGUCAACUCUCAGUAAUUCUCCUGUUCGAGGUCGCAGUCCCUUGAAGGUGCCUCCUACGGUUGAGCAGGAUGGUGACGAUUUAGAGACCGCGAAGCAAACCGAUUUCGUUUUCCCCCCUCGGACCUCGACGCCGCGUGCCAAAUCGAAGCUGGCUAUGAAGAGUUCUGCCUGGGAUGAUCAGCCUUCUGAGAGUGCCGCAGAACGGCUUCCCCCACUUGGACCAGGUAUUCCGUUAGGAACUGCUCCUGUUCUGCCUGGGCGAGCGAGUCUUGAGGCAGACAUGAGCACUGGCUCCGGUAAAGCAACACCCUCCUAUCGAGAAGUUCGCUCGACACGCGGUUUGCCGGAUAUUGAGAUCCCCUCGUCUUCAGACGGAUCGCCUUUUGCUACCACCCUUGACCUGCCCACUCCUCCUAUAAUUCUGUCUGUCUCGUCACCAGAGCAAUCCGUGACUGCUCGGCCAGCCGUAAACCGCAAGCGUUCUCAGAGUAGUGCUGCUGGGUUAGCGUCUCUUUCUCCUCGCGAAGAUCGUGAGGUUAGGUCUGCUGGAGGUUUCCACUUCCCUUCCCCACCCCCAUCAGCCGCGUCUGCUCAGGGCAGGUUUCCGCCUCAUUCUCCCCGGUCAUCAACCCAUCUACCAGCUGGACAUCACAGCACUUCACCGGCACAUGCGAGUGUGUCGACAAUCUCGACUACGUCCUCUGGGACUCAUCAGUUCACGCAUUCUCUAGAUGCCGCUCUUUCGCCUAGGAGGUUACCUUCCCCUGCUUUACUACCUACUCCUCCUUUGAUCACUCGCGCUCGGUCUGCAACAGCUGUUGCAGAACCCGGAAAUCGUAACACUUCUGCCACAGCAGGCUUGAAGACAAUGUCACGGAAGCCAAGUCUUAAUCGCCAGGCAACAGUAGCAGUCAUGGAAACCGUGAAUUCAACCAUUAUGCCACCUGUGAAGCCCUUCGCACGAAUUCGUGAAGACCGAAGCGGUAGUCCUGCAGAUAGGUCGAGUGUGCAACUUCCGGGCUUGAAGGAUGUGCUAAAGAUCCCCACUUUGAGUUCUGAACAUCAGCUUGGAAUGCCAGAUCUGCUUCCCGCGUCGCUCUCCAUCCUCACGCAGCCUUCACGCCCGCUCCCAACACAGGGCUCGGCAGGCUAUUCCUCAGAUAUCGGUCCGCAUAGCUCGCGACCGCAUCCACUGACUAAUUCUGCUGCCGCCUCCUCUACUACCUCUCUCAGUUCACUGUCGUCCCAGCUCAAUCAAUCGUUCGUUGAUUCCCGCGGAGGUUCUACCGAUUCAGUACUGAUGCAAUCGCAUACACGAUCUUACUCUCAUGGGGGAUCGCAGGCAUUUGUCGACACCCUCAUUGGUCCUCCGAUACGACCCCUUGACUUUGCUAAGUUAAUGCAUUCUCAUGAUGCUACGCACAUGCAACUGGCUCGAACCGUUGAAGACCUUUCUCAGUGGCUGUCACUCGUUGAGAUCGGGCUCACGCAGAUGCUGGACAAGGCAGACCGAGACACGAUUGAAGAGGAGCAGGAGCAGGAGGAAAGCCUAGUGGGAAGUGGCGGUGACGGACAUAUCGUGUCGACAGACACGCGGACACAGUCGAGUGCGGCGCUGGCCGCCGCCGAGUAG